AAAUGAACAGCAAGUGACCUGUAAAUGCCCCGAAAAAUCGGACAGAAUGACUGCGAAUGCUCUGGUGUCGAAUUACUGCUGCAAAGAUUAAUCGAUCAUCUUGAGUAUUUGAUUAGGAAAAAAGAUUCAAGUUAAUUUUUGCUGCUUCGAGUAUUCGUUUAAUUAAAGUGGCGUUGUAAUGGUUUGUUUUGAAAGUGUUUGCAUUUAUUUUCAUUGAUUUGAGUGGAUACACAGCCCUCUAGUCUACCUCAUUUCACAUGGCUGAAUUCAUCUGCUCCCUGUUAAGACAAACAUAAGCUGUUUUUGUUUGAGCUAAUGAUUUUUUGAAUGCAUUCAUAAUUUAGUUUAAAGGUAUAUUUAGACAUUUUUUGUUGGAAUAUGUGUCUGAGCCAUUUGUUAAGAGCAUUGUAAAAAACUUUAGUAUUUUAUAGCAUUUAAGCUAGCGGACUUUUGCUAUGUAAGUUCGCCAAUUGUUCUUUUGUUGUACAUAGAUCCUCUUUUUUUUAUAUACCAUGUGAGGCUCAGGUGUUUUAAUUUUUUUAUGUUCCUUAUCCGAUUACUCGAUUAUUCUAAAUAAAAAGUUCAUCGAUUAAUCGGCUACUAAAAUAAUCGAUAGCUGCAGCCCUAUUUCGAAUGAACGAACGUUCCCAGUCUAAAUGGGUUGGGCGUCGAGCACCGUUAAUGGCAGCCUUAGGAGACACUAUUAUGGUGGAAGAUUUUGGUGGCAACUUGUUGGUCCAUUUUAUUUAAACACUGACACCUUAUUAAAACGAUAUCUCGAUUCUUGGCAGGAGCAUAUCGAUAACCUUUUGGGAUACAAAGUAUCUCGAUAUAUCACCAUUUCGAUAUUUUCUCACACUCCUAAUAAUGACCGCUGUUACAUUUGGAGGAAAAAGAGGAAAGCUUGUAAAUGAUGAACACCAUACCGCGUGUGAAGCAUGUAGUUGGUAGCGUCUUGUUGUGGGUCUGUUUUUGCUGCAGCAAGAACUGGAGCUCUUGAUAACAGACGGCAUCAUGAAGAAAGGCAUCAGCCAGGAAGUUAAGACCUGUGCGCAAAUGGGUCCUCCAAAUGGACAAUGACCCUAAGCGCUUCGCAAAUUUGUGCGCAAAUCUGAAGAGGCAUGUGUGAGCGAGGCAACUGUCAAACCUGACUUGGUCACACCACCUCUGUGGAGGCAUUGGCCAGAAAUGCCAAUAAAUAUGAAAUGGAUCCAAACUUUUUGAUCUGGAAUAAGAAGUUUUGUCCCUGAGUCAUGGCGGACAGGAGAGCGGAAAAAUCAUGUGAAGAAGCCAGCAGAUCGUUAGUCAGGCGGGAGUAUGAGGCGGUAGUCAGUCACAGCACGGACACCUUGGCGGUCCUUGCACCCCAAGUCCAAUCCACUGGCACCGCCCUCUCGCCAAGCCAGCCUUCCGAAAGCCUCCGCAGUCGUGCCCUGCUUUACCGUAUUGCUGCCUUUCUUCAGUUGAAAAAAUAUGAUGAAGCAGAUCAUGACUGCAAACAUGUCCUGGCAGAAGAUAGGACUAGUGGAGACGGUUUGCUCCAAUCCAGCUUUCGCUCCAUGCAGCUGGAUGGCAGCCUGCAGGAGGUGGCCAGCAUCCUCUCCAAAGCCUUGUUUGGAGAACCCAUGAAUGGCAUUGUUACAAAAGACAUAUCCAGACUAAAGAUACUGUUUUCAGAAAUAGAGGCUCUAAAGAAGAGUGAGAUGGCACCAGAAUACACAGAUGACCAGGAGGAGGAGGUCCAAGAUGGCUGGCAGUUCAGGCCCCCCCCUCGUGGAGUCACCAGCAGUGAGGAGUACACCCUCUGUAAAAGGUACUUAGAACAGGGUCUGUGUCGGUACGGGGCACAGUGCACGUCAGCCCACUCCCAGGAGGAGCUGAUGGAAUGGCAGAAACGCUACGCAUCACGCCUCAUCCGUCUCAAGCAACAGCAGGAGAGCAAACACUUUACUGAAAAUUACAUGGAGACACUAAUAGAGAAGUGGAUGAACUCGCUGUCCCCAGAGAAAGUGCUUAGUGACUGUUUAGAAGGAGUCAGUGUUGAAACCAGUUCAAGCCUUUCUCUUACCGUCACCACCAAAAAAUCCUUCCACUCGUGGACCUUUUCAUUGGUCUGCAAGCCUCCCAGGAAACUGUAUCGCAUAGCACUGCUCUACGAUGCCCACAGACCACACUUUUCCAUCAAGGGGGUCUCUGCUGGGGAGCAGCAACAAACUGUGUCCGCUGGUUCUCAGGAGUGGACUCCACAAAAUGAAUCAACAGCGGUGGCAGACAAUGGCAUUGAUCACUGCAUCUACAAGGUCACUGUGGACUUCACCACAGAGAUCUUUGGCACCUUCAGACAAACCAUAGUUUUUGACUUUGGCUCAGAACCAGUGCUGAUGCAGCGAAUCAUGGUGGAUGCUGCCUCUAUUGAAGAUAUAGAACAUUUGAUGGCAGCCAGACAGCAGCUCUUGAUGACUACUAAACGUUGGGACUCUUCCUGUAAAACUCUUGUUGCAUUCACACCUAAUGAGACCAUGUGUGAUCUGGAGCGCAGUCUUCUUGCCCGCUAUCAAAUCCCACUGUCUGCUGACCAGCUUUUCACUCAGUCAGUUCUGGACAAGACUCUAACCAGAGAAAACUACCAGGCCCGGCUACAUGAUCUCCUCUAUAUAGAGGAGAUUGCACAAUGUAAAGAAGUGAGCAAGUUUAACAUCAAAGUGAACCUGCAGCUGGUAUCCAGCUUCAUGCUAACUGGCAUUUCAGUUGGAGCCAAGUAUGCCCAGAAUGGACAACUUUUUGCACGUUUCAAACUCACCAAAACACUGUCUGAGGAUACACUGGCAGGACGCCUAGUGAUGACCAAGGUGAAUUCAGUUCUUUUCCUGCCUUUGGGCUGGGAGGGCGUCAGCAGCCAGCCACCUCCGGGAGUCAGAGAGCGCGUCUACGAAGCUGUGAUUGAGGAAAAGACCAAGGAAUACAUCUUCCUCAGGAUCUGCAAAGACUGCUGUGAUGAACUUGGACUACUACCUGACAGGAAAAUCCAGGUGGAGCUCCAGUUCCAGCUAAACAGGCUUCCACUGUGUGAAAUGCAUUAUGCCCUGGAUCGCAUCAAGGAUAGUAAGGACAACAGCAUUCUUUUCCCUGAUGUAAGCCUUGUUCCAACCAUCCCUUGGAGCCCAAACAGGCAGUGGGAUGAACAGCUGGAUCCUCGUCUGAAUGCCAAGCAGAAAGAAGCCAUUCUCGCCAUCACCACCCCUCUGUCUAUCCCACUGCCCCCAGUCCUCAUCAUUGGACCCUAUGGUACUGGCAAGACGUUCACCCUGGCACAGGCUGUCAAACACAUUCUCCGCCAGGAAACCAGCAGGGUUCUAAUCUGCACCCACUCCAACAGUGCAGCUGACCUUUACAUUAAGGACUACCUUCAUCCUUAUGUUGAAGCAGGCAAUCCACAUGCCAGACCUCUCAGGGUAUACUUUCGCAACCGCUGGGUGAAGACGGUCCAUCCGGUGGUCCAGCAGUACUGUUUGAUCGCAAACACACAGGUCACUUUUAAAAUGCCCACAAGGGAUGAUAUCCUCAGGCAUCGUGUGGUUGUCGUUACCCUCAGCACUUCUCAGUACCUCUGCCAACUUGAUUUGGAGCCUGGCCUUUUCACUCACAUUUUGUUGGAUGAAGCUGCCCAGGCCAUGGAGUGUGAGACGAUCAUGCCAUUUGCCUUAGCUAGCAGUACAACCCGCAUUGUGUUGGCUGGAGACCAUAUGCAGCUAAGUCCAUUUGUGUACAGCGAGUUCGCCCGUGAACGAAACCUGCAUGUGUCCUUGUUGGACAGAUUGUACGAGCACUACCCAUCAGAAUUUCCAUGCCGCAUCCUUCUUUGCGAGAACUACCGCUCCCAUGAAGCUAUCAUCAACUACACAUCAGAGUUGUUUUAUGAUGGCAAGCUGAUGGCAAGUGGAAAGCAGCCCUCUCAUAAGGACUUCUAUCCUCUGACCUUCUUUACUGCUCGAGGAGAAGAUGUCCAGGAGAAGAACAGCACUGCCUACUACAAUAAUGCUGAAGUGUUUGAGAUUGUGGAGCGUGUAGAGGAGUUGCGCAAGAAGUGGCCAGUGGCUUGGGGAAAGCUGGAUGAGGGCAGCAUUGGAGUGGUUUCUCCUUAUUCGGACCAGGUCUUUCGCAUUCGUGCUGAGCUCCGAAAAAAGAGGAUGCAUGAGGUCAGCGUGGAAAGAGUCCUCAAUGUUCAAGGUAAACAAUUCCGAGUGCUGUUCCUAAGCACGGUGCGGACGCGGCAUACCUGCAAGCGCAAGCAAACAGCCAUCAAGAGGAAAGAGCAGCUUGUGGAGGACUCUACUGAGGACCUGGAUUAUGGAUUUCUCUCCAACUACAAACUGCUCAACACAGCCAUCACCAGAGCUCAGUCGCUGGUUGCGGUUGUGGGAGACCCAAUUGCACUGUGCUCUGUUGGGCGCUGCAGAAAGUUCUGGGAGCAUUUUGUUUCAAUUUGCCAUGAAAACUCAAGCCUCCAUGGCAUUACCUUUGAGCAGAUAAAGUCCCAAUUAGAGGCCCUGGAGCUAAAGAAGACCUAUGUUCUCAACCCUCUGGCUCCAGAAUUUAUUCCACGUGCCCUCAGGCCCCUACAAGGGCACCCGUCUUCACAGGCACUACAUACCCACCACCACCCUCAGCAUGUGCAGACCACAUCCACCAAGCAGGCACAGCAGAUACAGCAGCAGUCGCCUCCCAAGGGCAAACAUCCCAACCACACAGAGCACCUUCCACCUGAAGGAUAUGUUCAGCCCAACCCAGCUGUUCUAAUGGGAAACCCAAUCCAGGCAUUCACACCACCUGUAGGUGCCGCUCCAGCUGGCUUGGGCAAGUCGCCAAGUCCUGUUCAAAGGAUAGACCCUCACACAGGCGCGAGCAUCCUUUACGUUCCAGCAGUAUAUGGUGGAAACAUGGUCAUGCCAAUGCCCCUUCCUUUGCCUUGGCCAGGUUAUCAGAAUCGUUUUGCUGUGGACCCGCGCUUCAUGAGCCACCAGGCAGCUAUGGCAUACAACUUCAACCUCUUACAGGCCCAAAAUCGGGGCUCCCCUGUUCCAUGCAGUGGAGUGGUACAUCCGUCUCCUCUCGGAGUGGGCCAACAAAGUCCUGAUACAGAUCUACAGUCGGAUACAGUCAGAAAUGGUAAAUUAGAAGGAUGUACAAAAACGGAGCAGACACCAGAGCGAAAAAACACAGAAAUGAAGGAUAAACAGGGCGAUUUUGACGCUAGUCGAAGUCUUGAUUCACAGAAUGACGGAGUGGCUGGUUUCUCCAAUGUAACCCUCCACCGUAAGGAUUCUUCUCCUGCUCAGAGACCACUCAAUUAUCACCUGGCACCACCCAACCCUGCCUUCCCCACACAUCCUGCAAGUGGAAGAGCCCUCCCCCAUCAGUGUCCAGUCGCAAGGCUUCCUUAUCGGGUCAACCAGCCUCAACAUCCAGCAAUGAUCCAACAGAGUCAACAGCUCAGCCCUGCCUUCCCUACUGGUGGAGCCCACAGUGCAUCUUUCUUUGGUGGUCACGGUGCACCACCGAGGGCUAUCCAGUCUCCCACUUUAGAUGUUCCAGAAUCGGGAAGUGCAGAAGAGAUGGGUAGCUCCAUGAGAGCUCCAAAUGCCCAUUUGGCAGCUCACCACCCAAAUCUAUCACAACACAACAACAGAGUCAAUAGCUUUGGGGAGGAUGGUCAAGACACAAUGCAAGCAGAUGGUCUAGAUCUUCGGCGUCCUUUGGCUUUGGAGGUCCUGAACCAACAGCAGCAAGCUGCCAGGCUAGGCCAAUGGAAUGAAGCAACAGGCCCUUUCCUCCCUGGGGGUGUAGCCUUCCCUUUGCCCCAGCAAUUUGCCCCGCUAGCUCAGCCAGCUGUGACUCGCUUUCCCCAUCAGUUGGUCCGUGCAGGUAGCUGGGGCCUUGGUGCCAACAUGGAGGAUGAAAACGGUUCAUCUGCAUCAACUGGUCCACCUUUUAACAGGUACACGGGCCUCCUGAGAGAGAUCCCCAUGCAGGAGCCCCCUGAAACCAGGGAAGCAAGUGAAAUUCAACCCCCUCCACAAUCUCGCCUCCUCCAGUAUCGCCAGUCCCGUGCCUCAGGUGACCCUCCACCUUCUAUAACUGCCACUUCAAACCACACCACCCCAUUUCAACCUGGGACUUACCCCCAUGAAAGUGGACGCGAUCAACUAAACAACAACGUGAUCAACAACCCAGCUCUGCAACAGCAUCCUGUCGGGGGUCCCCUUUACAAUAGCGGUUGCUACCCGCAUCAGGCACCACCCCACUCUGCCAGCCCCCCUCCAUCCCAGGUCAAAUACCUUCUGCAAGAGGCCCAAUGGUCCCACAGUGGAGGUGCAUCUGGGAGCCCUCCACAGCAGAACCACCCCCUCAACAACCAGACCCAUAGCCUUCCAUACGGAGUGCCGAUCAUGGCUCAACCCAGCAGGCAGGAGCAAGUCCAUUUGAUGCAGCUUCACCAUCAUCAACAACAACAGCAGCAGCACCACCACAACCACCACCAUCAUCAUCAACAACAGCAAUCUCAAAGUCAUGGUCAAGACCAGGAGGCCUACCAUUCAUUGUCACCCAGAACAUCCACAGCCACUGCUUUGCACAGUGUAGAUGAGUAUGAACCCAGAGGUCCAGGUCGGCCCCUCUAUCAGCGGCGUAUAUCCUCCAGCUACCCAGAUCAAUCCUCCUCUCUUGCCAAUACCCACAAUGCAAUGUCCCAGCAGUCCCAGCCUUGUGCAGGAGAUAGGAAUCAGGACCACCCGCAUCCGCACAUACAACAGCAGCAACAACAUCAGCAUCCACAUCCCCCCUACGGCUACCCCUCACAUGAGCUCUGGCCCAGCAACGGUGGCGGUCCAGGUCCCUUCCAGAACAUUCCAUGUAAUGGAGGUGGGACCUUCGCACAUCAUCGGGACCUUCUAGCUUCCAAGGCCCUCCGUCAGAUGGAAGGGCAGGUGAAGGCGGAGUCUCCGGCAGCCCAGCAGACACCCCCCCACGCUCUCAACUCACUUCAGCACCUGGGACAGUUCCCUCCCCUCAUGCCCAACAAUAACAACAAGCAGCAGCAGCCAGCGCAGGCUCCCGUAGAGCCUGUUCAGGCAGCUGCAAAUCUAAACAAAGCACCCACUAUGUCCUACGCCAGCGCUCUCCGCGCGCCGCCCAAACCACGAGCCAUUCGCCCCGAGCAGGCCAAGAAGAACAGCGAUCCACUCUCGCUCUUACAGGAGCUCAGCAUUGGAAGUUCAAACGGUAGCAAUGGCUACUAUUCCUACUUCAAAUGAGUGUCACUCUCAGACCCAUGUUAUAUACUACAAAAACAUAAAAUAACCACAACAAAAAAAAAAGAAAAAAAGAAAAAAAAUCAGAAAAAAAUAGUGCAGAGUUCAUUUACAUAUUGUUUCUACCAGUAGGUUUGUUAUCUGCAUUUUGUUCCAUUUUAAACCUUUUAUUUGUAACCGUUACUCCUGUUUCACAUAUCUGUGAAGAAAACAAGUAUAUAUAAUUGCAUUACUGGUAUAUAUACAUAGUCAUUAUGUAUAUAUGAACAUAUAUACCUAUAUUAUCUACAAUUGUAUAUGUACGUAAUGCUAAAAAAUAAAAGUAUUAAAAGUUUUAAAGAGGUUAUGGUUGACCACUUAGGUUCCCUGCAAUUUUACUUCCAUAUUGAAGUUGGCUUUGCUGGUUACUAAACACACGUGUUGGCAUUUCUGUCAAGUUUGUUGUUUUCACCUGAUUGUUUAUUUUGUUUGUUCUACUCUAGUUGUGGCAAUGGUCAAAAGUUAAGUGGUCAGCUGACACACGAUCAAUAUGGAGAAGUGUAUAGAAGUAGAUGUUUCCUCUAAUCUGUACAUUCAAAAAAAUAAAAUGACUGAAUUGUUCGCCACAGACAAGUCGUUAAAUUAUUGUAUUGUACACCCUUGCUAUGAUUUUUUUGACAUGUCGGACACUCUUGACAACCUGCUAAUUCAAAUGUUUCACAUGUAUAGAUGGUUUUAUUUACGUUAUUGCUCUUUGGGGGUCUUAAAUAGAUAAUCAUUGGGCUCAUUGUAUGGGAGUAUUGGUUUAAAAAGUGGUUUAAAUUUUACUAAUUUUUUAAUCAUCGGGUAAAUUACAGUGCAAUUUUUUUUUUUUUUUAUAGCAAAAUC